UACAAACAAAUAUUCAAAGUGAAAGAAACAAAAUACAUAAACAACUGUGAAAAAUAUGCUAAAGUCAAGCAAAAGUCAGCAAAAGCAACAAUAACAACAUUCAACUGAAGCUAAAAGCAAAAACAAACGCAAAACCAGAAACAAACACAAACACAAAAACAAAAGCAAAAGUGAGUGUGAAUAAUGUUGAGAGCGCCCACACAGCACAUUGUGGAACUGGGUUUCGGUACAGCGGCUGCCACAAGCGAAAAGAAACAGCAAAAGCAACAGCAACAACAGCAGCGCAAAAGUUUACUGCAAAAGCUUAAGCAGCAACAGCAAAAGCUACACAAGCCAUUGACAGCAGCGGCAGCGCAGCCAGCGGAAGCAGCAGAGACAAAUCAAAAGAGAGCAGCGCGGGCAGCAGCUGAUUAUUAUUUUAAGCAGCAGCAGCAGCAGAGCGAAAAGUGUUUACUGUUGCUGGCGACGACAAUUACAGUUGAGCAGCAGCAGCAGCAGCAGAAGAAAAAGAAGGAGCAUACUAGUUACAGUUUUGCAGCUGCGCUGCGGCGAAAUAAGAAGCCAAAAACAAUAACAACAAACCCAGCAGCGACAGCGACUGCGACGGACGACGAGAGCAGCAGCAAUAAAAGCUGUAGCAGCAUUAAUAGUAAUAACAAAAACAGCAACAGUUUGUCUAAUAGUUGCAUUAACAACCAUAACAACAACACUCAUUAUAAAAACAGUAAAAACUGCAGCAGCAACAGUAACAGCAGCAACAACAACUACAUCAGUAAUUACAAUUUCAAAACAAGUGAACAACAAGCGUGGAAAACAUCAACAAUAACAACAACAACAGUAACAGUAACAGCAGCGGCAGCCGCACAACAACAGCUGCUCAUUAACAGCAGUCGACGCAAAAGCAGCAACAAUAACAUAAACAACAACAUGUCACCCACAUCGCAGGCGCCUACACGUACAUCGCUGUUCGAUUCCUGUCAUCGCAAGAUCCGUCUAAUUGGCGGCGGUCCAGUUGCCUUCUUGGGCGGCUUAGUGGCGUAA